UGAAGAAAGUACAGACUCUGAAGAAGAGGAUGGAACAAAACAAGACUUGUUUGAAUCAAAUACCAAUACAGAAGACAAAAUGGAAGUGGACUUAAAUGAACCACCAAACUGGUCGGCUAACUUUGACGUACCCAUGGAAACUGCACAUGGUGCUAAUUUGGAUUCUGUUGGGUCUGAUGUAUGGAGCACAGAAGAACCUAUGCCAGGAAAAGAAACUGGCUGGGCUUCUUUUUCAGAGUUUACAUCUUCUCUAAGUUCUAAAGAGUCUUUAAGAAGUAAUUCUCCUGUGGAAAUGGAAACAAACACAGAACCAAUGGAUCCCCUGAGUGCAAAUGUAUCUCCACUUGCAACACAGCCAGAGGCCCAAGGAAGUGUUGCUAUGGAGGCCAGCUCAGAUGGAGAAGAUGAUGUGGAAAAUGCAGACAAGGUAACUGAGACAGUAAUGAAUGGCAGCAUGAAGGAAACAGUCUUCAAAAGGUGA